UUCGCCCUUCGCGCCGCCCGCCGCCCUCAGCGGGCGCUGUGGCGCCGGCGCGGAGCCCAUAAAAGGCCGCGACAGCCCUGGCCGCGUGUUCAUGUGUGCCGGUGCGUGUCAGUCAGUCCGCCCGCCCGCGGCAUGCUGGCGCUAAGCGCUGCCCGCCGCCUGCUUCGCCCGUCCGGGAGCCUGCUGCUGCCGUCGGGACUCGCCUGCAUGUGUGCGGCCGGUGCCCGUGGCUGCGCCACGGCCGCCGCCGGCUCGGCGAACCCGGUGGUGUACAUGGACGUGUCCGCUGACAACCAGCCGCUGGGACGCGUAGUGCUAGAGCUGAAAGCUGAUGUGGUUCCAAAGACAGCAGAAAACUUUAGAGCUCUUUGUACUGGUGAAAAAGGAUUUGGGUAUAAAGGAUCCACUUUUCACAGAGUGAUUCCUUCAUUUAUGUGCCAGGGUGGUGACUUCACAAAUCAUAAUGGAACUGGUGGAAAAUCCAUUUACGGCAGUAGAUUUCCAGAUGAAAAUUUCAUACUUAAGCACAUAGGACCUGGUGUUCUUUCAAUGGCCAAUGCAGGACCCAAUACAAAUGGAUCUCAGUUCUUCAUCUGCACUGCAAAAACUGACUGGCUAGAUGGAAAACAUGUUGUUUUUGGGUAUGUAAAGGAAGGAAUGGAUGUCGUGAAAAAAAUUGAGAGCUUUGGUUCCAAGAGUGGAAAAACCUCCAAAAAGAUUGUCAUUACUGACUGUGGCCAGCUGUCCUAGCCUUUUGCCUCACCAUUCAUGAAAACUUCGAUGCUGUGAAAAAUGAAUCAUAAAAACAUUUCUGAUCCCAUGAAUAGCACCUGUGGAACCACAUUUUCCAUGUAACUUGGUCCAACUUUUAUAUUUAUGUUGAAUAAUAUUGAUUAAAAACAGUAAUUGAAACUUGUUUUAAAUGAGCUGAUGUGGUAGUCACUCUGCCACACUGAUCUGAUAGAAUCCCAUUGUGUUUCGAAAGAAGUAGCAUGGUCAUCUGAAUGCAGUGUUGAUACUGGCCUGAGCUUUUGAAUGUUUCAGGUGUUAGGACUGGUGGUGGAGUUGCAACUAAGUGUUCUGUAGUCAGGGCUUAGAUAGAAUAGAGAAAUAGCACAUUGGUGCUCAUAAAAACCUAUUGUUCGUCUCAUUUUAAAAAAAUACUAACUAGUGCUCUCAGGGCUGUCAGGUGUUUUCUUUCUGUGUCUCAAUUGGAGUCUAUGCAAUAGAGUUAAUGUGUGAUUGUGAGGUUUUAAAAAUUUAAUUCUGUUUUAAUAAUCUUAUUUUUUGUAGUCUCAGGCCACUGUUUAAACCUGAAUUCUAUCUUACCUGCUCCAGUGGAGCAGUGUGACUUUUGGGUUAAAUAAAUUGCGAUAGGUUGAGUUAGCCUACUACUUGGGCUCUGCCUGGGCAGUAAAACCACAAAUUAGCCAAAAGAUCUUGGGACUUUUUUAUUAUGCAACUGUGAACUUACUUGAAGUGCGGUUCUGCUCUGAGAUCUGGGUCUGUAAGAAAUACAGCACGGUUCUCAAUAGAUAGUCUAUUUUUGCAUUUUGAGAAUGUAAUCAGAGUUUAGUGAGCUUGCUUGAGUGAGAAAGGUUUCAUUGCAUUUUUUGUCCUGGUGGUCCUGCAAAGUCAGCCCACAUGGGGUGUUACUGGGGUUGUGAUUUCUUCUCACACAUCAUCAUAAGUCAAAAUUGGUCACCACAGAAUCGCAAAGCUUCGCUGUGCAGCAAAAUCAUUAUCGAGGUUGAUGCACGAGAAGGAAAGAAUUCAGCUGAUCAGAUAAACACAUUUCAUUUGUAUGAACUGCUGUGUUUUAUGUGGCGUGCUUGAGCAGUAACAAAUGUUGGAAACUCACAACAUUGCAUUUGGAAUCACUAAGGCUGUAAAGUAUUCAUGCUUGUGGGAGAAAAGACUGGUUUUGUGCAGUAAUCUUGAUGCUGAAGAGAAAAAUAAAAUGUGAUGGCUCUUUUCAAAUGUGAAUUUA